ACUCUCGCGACAAGCGGCGCCUGCGAGGGAGGAGGAAGGGAGGAGGGAGCGGCGCCGCCUGCGGAAUGAAAGAGGAGAAAGAGAACAAGGGGCGAGAGCGACGGGUGGAGAUUCAGUUCCGAGAGCGGGAGGAGGGCGAGAAGCGCAAAGAGAAGGAUGAGAAAAAAGAAGUGCUCACCAAGGUGGUGAUUCGACGUUUACCUCCUAACCUAACCAAAACACAACUAGAAGAACAAUUGCAUCCACUACCAACGCAUGAUUAUUUUGAAUUCUGUGCUGCAGAUGUAAGCCUUUACCCCCACCUAUUCUCCAGAGCGUAUAUCAAUUUUAAAAAUCCUGAUGAUAUAAUUCUGUUCAGAGACCGAUUUGAUGGAUAUAUCUUCAUUGAUAAUAAAGGCCAGGAAUAUCCAGCUGUAGUUGAAUUUGCACCAUUUCAAAAAAUUUCUAAAAGGAAACUGAAGAAGAAAGAUACAAAAUCGGGGAGUAUUGAAGAAGAUCCCGAGUACAAGAAGUUUUUGGAAAGUUACUGUGCAGAUGAAGAAAAAGUUGCAGCUAAUCCAGAGACGUUACUGGGAGAGAUAGAGGCAAAGACCAGAGAACUGAUUGCAGGUACAGACCAAUUCCCAACUCUGGAGAAUGUCUAUAGCCAGGAACUUAAGGGUGUAAACAGAACUUGGAAGCAGCUGCACGGGUACAAGAACACAGCCAGGCGAACCACACCUCUUCUGGAAUAUAUUAAGAACAAGAAGCUGGAAAAGCAGCGAAUUAGAGAGGAAAAAAGAGAAGAAAGAAGGAGACGAGAGUUGGAAAAAAAACGUUUGCGAGAAGAAGAAAAAAGGAAACGUAGAGAGGAAGAAAGACGUAAAAGAAAAGAAGCAGAGAAACAGAAAAAAAUAGCGGAAAAGGAAAGAAAGGAAGAAAUAAAAAUUAAGUUGUUGAAAAAGGCUGAUAAGGAAGAAGAACAGGACUUGGACAAAUGGAAAGAGAAAGCAGAGGAUGGUGAGAUUGAUAAAGGAAAGUGGGAAAAACCAUGCUGUCCAGGAAAACGAUCAGAUAAUACACAAAAGGAUGUCAAAGAUAAACCACCAAACGAUAGUGAUAGGGAACGCAGGGAGAGAGAGCGGGAAAGAAGAUUGAGGGAAAAAGAACGAGAACGAGAGCGACAAAGGCGACGUGAGGAUGACCGCAGAAAGCAAAAAGAGCGUUAUGAUGUAGAAAGGGCUUUCAGAACAAAAGAAGACGAAACAAAAAGAGGGAAGGAGCAUGGACAGGAAAGAGAAAAGAAGGGAGACAGCUUGAACUACAUGUUCAGUACUGAAAAAAUAGACAAACUGGGUAAAGAAGACAAAAAUGAUGACAUGGGAUCUAAAAGGGAACGGAUAAGGAAUAAGGACCGCCCAGCUAUGCAGUUGUACCAACCUGGAGCACGGUGCCGAACCCGUUUGGGAUCUGGUGGAAGAGCAUAUGACUGCUGCAGUAAAUCCUCUGAAGAUAGCACAGAAAGAAAGUAUGAAGAUGACAGUUCUGUUGGAGCCUGUUCCGAGAAGAGUUGUGAAGAAUGAAAGAGCCUCAGUUAUGUGAUCAGAGGAGAAGUACUUUUAUUACUGCAUUGAAUCAAACAGAUGGCAUCACAAUGUAAAAAGCCUUCAUAGCACUGAUUUUUCAUUUAAUCUGCUAUUAAUAAAAAUUCUGUGAUUUUAUUUGUAAUUUGACUAGUUAACCUAGUUUAAAGUAGUAAAUGACAGGUUGAAUUUAUUGCAAAUGAAAUCUAUAAAGCAAACCAAAUUAAGUAUCGGACCAGUUGCACGAGGAAGCAUUCUGCUUUACUGGGAGUAAAAUUGGUAGGUAGAUGCACCAAUCAUUUUGAAUACAAUUAUUGGAUGGGGUGCAGGAUGAAUGUUGAGCUUUGGUUAUUAAUACAAUAUUGACAAUUUAUAAACAACAACAGAUAUUGUGAUUUUAUAGAAGUUGCAUGUAUGUGAUUAGGAUGCCCAUGGUUUUAAAACCAGUGUGGAAUGAUAAAUUCAGUUAAGCAAUCAGAUUAUUUUUCAAUACACAUUACCCUGUGAACAGGAAGAGUGGUGUUGUUAUUUUGAGUUUGAUGUGAAAUGGUUUUAAGUGUUCAUUAAUACUGAAGUGACGGUAUGACUCAUUGUAGAUCCAAAUCAUCUGGAUCUGAAGUAUUCUGAAGCCAGGAAAUUGAACACUGCCCCAUGAUGCCAAUUUGUACUGGUUUAUCACAUUUGUUGCAUUAUAAUUAUCUUUUACUCCUUAGGUAGUUCCUCGGGAUAAAGGACAACUUGUUUCCAUUCCGACUUUGCAGAUUCUGUAGCGACUAAUGUGGAGGCUGCAGAAUUCCAUAGUUGGACAGGAGGUGGCUGGCGGGUCAAGUGGGUGGGUAGCUUGUGAAGUAGUGUGCCCAUUCUGCCACUUACAUGGGGUUACUGUGUCCUCCCAAUGCAUGACCUCAAACAUCUCAGUGCCAUCCUGACCUCUCCCCUUUGAACAAUCCUGAGCCAGAAGUUCUUGGAUGUCAAUGAGGAUGUUGCGCCUCUUUUUUGCCUCCACCACAGUGAGGAGGUGUUUGGAGGACUCACUGUGGUAGAUGUUAAUUUGUGUUUGUUGUUGUUUAUUAUUGUAUUAUUAUAUGUAUGACUACCGGCACGAAAUUUCGUUCAGACCGUAAGGUCUGAAUGACAAUAAAGGUAAUUCUAUUCUAUUCAAAUAAACUUUUGAGCACACACUUAAAUAUUAGUUACAUUUAUGUAAAACAGCAUUUUAAAAGGAGCAUAGGCAGUCCAAAAUGUAAUACAUUCGCUAGUGAAUACAAGAAACUGCAGAUGCUGGUUUACAAAAGAGACAAAGUGUUGGAGUAACUGAUCUGCCAAUUUACUCCAGCAUUUUGUGUUUUUAUACAUAAUAUGAUAACUGUCUCAGCAUGAAUACCAAGAGCUUUUUGCAACUGACCUCAUGGUUUCACAUUUGUCAGCAUAACUAACAUAACAACUGAGCAUUAACUUUACAAAAUAUCCAUCGGACACCAAUUGUUGCAACAUAUUUCCAUUUUAGAAUUUACAACCAACUUUAAAUCUUUGCAUAGAUAUCAGGUCAAAAGAUGGAAUAGCUUUUAACUCAUAAAUAAUGCAAAUUUUCAAUAUCCUGUUCCAGUGCAAAUUGAAAUAAAUACAUCUGCAAAGCACAAGCUUUAUCAUACAUAUGCAUGUUUAAUAUUUAGCAAUACUUAAGCAUGGAUGGAAAUUGUGGGAGAAAGAAUAGUUGAAAUUUUAAUUUUGGUGGGAUAUUAUUGUGUUACAUUGUUCCACAGUUACCUUUAAGUAUCACAGAAAAUUCUUGUGCCAUAACACUGAGCCUCAUUUACUGCAUGUUGAAUUUCUAAUACCUAGAUUUCAUCUCAGAAUAUGGAAUUUGUAUAAUGAACUUAGAAACAUUUAAAACUUUAAUACUAUUUUAAUAUCCAAUCAUCUAUUCCUCCAUUGCUUUUGUAACACAAUAGCAAUGCAAUCUAUAUAUGGUAUGGUUUCAGUAAUUUAUAAUUGAACAGCUAUUAUUGCAUAGCUGUUGAAAGAUAUGUAAGUGUUUCAUAAAUUAUUUGAUCCAUUAUGGACUUUUACUUUGUUAUUGUUGGAUCAAAUGAAAAUAAGUGUGUGUGUGUAAUGUUAUUAAAUGGCAUGACAUUGAA